UCGAUUCGGUUCCAAAAAUGAUACAAAACCAGACCGAAUCCGUUACACCCUCUCUCUCUCUCCUUCUCUCCGUCUGUUUCUCUCACUCUCCCCCUCACCAAGGCUGAGCUUCUGCUCUUUAGCAGUUCCUGCCCAUUUCACUCGUGCCGAAUCGAACUCUCGAUAUGGCCAUCAUGUCGUUAUAGCUGGAAGUGGAGAAAGUUCAGAGGAGUGGAGACUGAUUCCCCUAUGCUUAUUCUGGUGUUUAUGGCUUGAGAGAAAUGGGAGGUGUUUUGAAGAUCGUGAACGCAGAAGGAGGGAAUUUAGGGACUUUUUCUUCAACACUUCAAAUUUUUGGGUGAAUAAUCUUGUGAGGGAUAUCAACAUUUGAGCAAAAUCCUGAUUGGCAAAGACCUGCAGCAAGCCUACUUGUUUCAAUAGGCUCACAUUUGCUUGACUAAACUGCGUAGUGUUGUGUCGUUAGAUAUGGAUAUUGAUGUAGAUCAUUAUGGUGUUCUUGGGCUGCUCUCAGGUGAGGAAGGUGCCAAGCUUAGCAUGGAUGAAAUUAAGAAGGCAUACAGAUAAAAAGCUUUGGAAUUGCACCCAGAUAAGAAGGCAUACAGAUCAAAAGCUUUGGAAUUGCACCCAGAUAAGAUGCCAGGCAACAAGCAAGCCCUUGCAAAUUUUCAAAGGCUCCAGUCAUCCUACGAGAUUCUCAAGGAUGAAAAGGCCAGGAAACUGUUCGAUGAUCUUCUUCAGGUUAAGCGUGAGCAACAACAUCGACGGUCAGAGCAGGAAUCCAGGCGUGAUGCAAAGAGACAGAAGAUGUUUUCUGACCUUGAGGAAAGGGAGUGGGCAGCUUUUGCUCCUGACCCUUUUGCAAAAGAGCGAGAAGAAGAGGAUAGAAUUGCUAAGAAGUUGAGAGAAGAGAUUGCAAGAAUACGAGCAAUGUAUGCAAGUAAAGGAGAAAAUAUGACAUUGGCUACAAUUAGAGAGUUCCCAGGUGUGAAGAAGGAGAGUACAAGUAUUACUAAGCCUUGGGUGGAUAAGGAGAAGCUUCUUAAGGUUUCAUGGGAGAAGAUAGGUGAAGAUUACACAGCAGAGGGGUUGAGAGAGUUGUUUUUGAAGUUUGGUGAGGUGGAAGAUGUUGUCAUUAAGAGUGCUAAGAAAAAAGGUUCAGCCCUUGUUGUAAUGGAGAAUAAAGAUGCAGUAGUUGCUGCUACGGGAAGUGUGUCUGGUCAUCUUUCUAAUCCAUUGCUGGUAUUACCUCUUCAACCACCAAUGGUGACAGAGGCUCCAAGUGCAUCAAGAUCUGCAAAACCUGAUAGGCUGAGUAAUUUGUUUGGGGCUGGUUAUAUAGCUUUUGAAGAUGCCAUUUUAAUGAAACUCCAAAAGGCUGCAGAAAAGAGAAAAUGACAUGAAUUAAAGUAAGUUCUUGUGGCACGUGUGGGAAUGCAUCUUGCAAAUUGAUCUUGUUGCGGUGCUGCCAGUGAUUGAAGUGCCGAGGCAAGCAUCUCAAAGAUGGCAUAGACUCGUGCCAUCAAUCGACUAUCGAACCAUAAGUUGUUCCACAUUUCAAUAUCCAGAAACCAUUUCCAAUUAUCCUGAAACAGCUAUCAUCCCCUGAAACAACAGCAGGCCAACUUGUCACAUGUAUUACCAGUUCCUAACUUAUUGUAUACAAAUCCAAACAUUUUUACAGAUGGAAUUUGCCAUUCUAAUCAAGUGUUCGAUAUUGGAAAUUCAGUAUCGGAAAGGGUGUUUGCUGUGGUGAUUAA